AUGGACCCCAACCAACUUACCCCUGUUCCUGGCAACCCUAACAUCCGAUAUGACAGGUUUGGGCGGCCAUAUGUCCAAGAUGUCUCUGGUCAUUGGGUUCAGUUAUACGCGCCAACCAUGGUGACUUCUCAGUCUGUCCCUACUGCAACUCAUGGAUUUCCUGCUGUGUCCCAGAACGAAACUGCCCCGACUCGCCCCCAUAAUAACAUGGAGGAUGGUCCAAACCAACCGCUUUCUGAGGCUCUUGUGAUUGUUACAUCCACUCGAGCCCCGACAGCCGGCCCUUCUACUGCAGUGAUCGAUCCGGCGCUUUUACCUCUUCCUGAGGUCUCGGACGACGACCUCUCUGACCCGGUCACAAUUGUGAAGUCCUGGGGCCAUGCCGCUGCGAAGAAGGUCGCUGGAUCACGUCAGAAGGGCAAGGGCAAACAGCGCGCUGUACUAACCGAGUCUCGCGAUAAGGGAAAGGAGAAGGCCACCGCUCGCAAGCGCAGGCAUGCCUCGGAUGAUGAAGAAGUUGAGGUAGUAGCCAAGCGUGGCCGUCCCAAGGGUGCUGGCAACUACACUGCAGACGAGGUUGAUGCCCUCCUUGACUUUGUCGAGGAGGAGCUCCCUCUUGGCCAACGCGGGUGGCAGUCCAUCCACCGUGGUUUCACUCGCUGGGCUCGUCGUAACGAUGCUGCUGAACGCACAUUAAAGUCUCUGGAGACCAAGUUCAAACAGCUUGUUAAGACCACGAAGCCCACUGGUGAUGCCUAUUGUCCCCCGGACGUCAAACGAGCACACAAGAUUGACGGGCAUAUCAACGAGAGGGCUGCCACCCGCGAUCUCAACGACUCCGACUUCGAUGAUGCUGCUCAGUUGACUGGUGGAUCUGAAGAUGACGACGAUGAUGCCGACGACAUCCCAGAGGCGCCGAAGAAAUCGAGGAAGGCGGCAUCCGCUGGCAACCGUGAUAUCCAGAAUGCUAUCAUCCGCCGACCUGACCCCGCUGUCCAGCGCCGCUCUCGGUCAAACAACGUCGACCUCAUCGGAAAGCUUGCCAAUGCCUUUGAUCCGAGUGUCCAACAAGCUCGUGAUGAGGAACGUGCCCAGCGUUCCUUCCAAGCCUCGCAGAUGUUCACCCUUUCCCAGCAACUUCGAGACGCCAACCUUACCAUUGAGUUGCUCCGCUCCCAGCUCUCUACUCUCCAGACCCAGGUUCAUGAGGCCCAGCGAGCCCGCGAUCGUGCUGAGUUGCAGUUGCAGCUCAUUGAAGAGGGUAGCCGCCAGUCUCGACCUUUCAGGAGGAGCCGCCACAAUGGAGACCAGCCUUCGUCGUCGUCGUCGUCAGGCCAUCACUUUGGCAUAGAGUUGCAAGCUUUGACUACUUCCCAGCCCAAUGCUGCCACUGCCACAGCUGGCAAGGACCAAGAUGGUGAGGAGGGUGACAAUGAUGAUAUAUACGUCAAGGAUGCUGAUGGGCCCAAGGACGAGUAG